AUGUCCGAUAAUAUUAACUACAAUGCGGAUGAGCUGGAAGCACCCUCCUGGCUGGACGAGCAAUUCCUCCAGGAUGCGCUAGUGAAGCACUUCAAGGAGCCCAGUCUAAUAGUGACCGAUUCAGAGAUAUCCCCGGCGAGUGUGAUGUUCCGUGUCCAUGUUGAGUAUUCGAUACAAAAGAGAAAGUUUUCCAAGUCGUUGAUAAUUAAGACAAUGCCUGAGGCCGAGGGACACAAGAAGGAGUUUCUGGCUGACUCGAAGAUAUUCCCAACGGAGAUUGCGAUGUUCACUCAAGUGCUGCCCAAGUUCAGGGCAAUUCUUCGUGAGGCGGACGAGCUUCGAUCGGUGCUCGGAAAACUUGUCAAAUGGCAGGCGGUUAGCUUCAAGCUAUUGAAGGAUCAGCCCGGAAUAUUUGAUGAGCUGCAGUUUGAUUUAACGACCAUACCAAACUUUUUGGAGCAGGACUUUACGAAGGACGCCUUGUCUAAUUUUAUAAACAUGAUCAACGUGAUUCGGGAGUAUCGCGAGAAUCGACAGGCCAACGCGUAUUAUGUGCUAUGCUACGGCGACUUUCAUAUCCGAAACAUGAUGUUCAACAAGGACAGCGACUGCAUGCUUCUCGACUUCCAGCUGUCCUACAUUGGAUCCAUAGCCAACGACUUGCACUACGCCAAAUAUAUGCUGUUGAGUCCCAAUGACCGAAAGGAUAGCUGCGAUGCUCUGCUCUACUACUACUUCGAUACCUUCGUCAGGACUUUGUAAAAAAUCGGAUGCCAAGGAGAA